AUUAAUAUUUUUUUCCACAGUAACAUUAGUUUGUGAUAAUGCAUCUUUUUAUUGCUUCGGGUCUGUUAAUUGUUUGCGGAAUUGUUGACGCAACUAUUUAUAACCCAAGAACACAGACAUUUAAUCAGUUGAUGGAAAGGCGGCAAAGAUCUAUAGGACUUCAAUAUCCUCAAGGAUAUCAUUACAAUCCAAUAGAGCCAUCAAUCAACGACUUAUAUAGUUUAAACGAGGCACUGGAUUCCAGAAUCAACACAUACAAUCCAAUAUAUCAACAUGUCGAAAUGUCUAAUCACGAAGUGAAUUCGGUUCCAAGAACUCAUUCAUAUCAGUCGAAGAAUCCUCUCUACGAUUCGGAAUAUGUUACAGUACAGGACAUUCCUAGUUUAUUUCCGGAAGAUAGCUACGACUACAAAUACUUAGGUUUGCCGUUGAACAAAUAUCUAACACAACCAUCAACAACAGAAAGUGGCAUUCCCAUAAACCUAGUAGCUAUCAGAAAGACAUCUGUCUUCGGCUACCGAUUCCCAUCUUACAAAUCUCCGUACUCGUCGGAUUCUGAUUGGAACCUUGGUUCAAAUAUUCCAAAUACCAUCUACGGAGAUGCUCAAUCAGUAGAAACAGAUCCAGAUACUUUAAAAGUAUCAUCUCCCACUGUAAGGAUUGUACAACUAUUGCCUGAAACRAUACAACAAGAUCCAAUCCCCAUGUCAACAGAUUAUUCUUUACUUUUAAAACUAUUGAGUGGAAACCUAAAUGAGGCGAAAGAUUCGGCCAAAAAUGAAUCAAUUUAUGAAAUUACACAAGAAACCCCGACUGAAGAUGAAUCGGAUUCCUUAACUACAGAAGAGACCCAGACUGAGAACCAAUCGAACAUACUAGUUAUCGAAGAAAACCUGACUGAAGACGAAUCAAAUUCUAUAACUACAGAAGAAACUCAGACUGGAGACGAAUCAAAUUCUAUAACUACAGAAGAAACUCAGACUGAAGACAAUUCAAACAUUCUGAUGUAUGAAGAAAACCCGAUUAAAAACAUAUUUAAUUUUAUAACAAUAGAAGAAAAUCUAACUGAAGAUGAAUCUAAUUCCUUAACUACAGAAGAAACCCYGACUGAAAAUGAAUUGAACUCUCAAGUGUUUGAUUCUAUUACAACAGAGGCCGAAUCCAAUUCUAUUGCAACAGAAGACGAAUCGAAUACAACAGAAGAAACCCAGGAUAAGGACGACGAAUCAAAGUCUACGACUUCUCAGGAAACGACAACAGCUUUUAAACUAAAUGACGAGCUUGGUAAAAAUUGGUACUUAAAUUCUGAUGAAAAUAUCAAAACCAAAGAACUAUUCAAGGAAUACGAGAAAUUCAUUACACCUCAGUUGUUUACGUCCGUAGAAAAUUUCCCAGCAAAAUAUCAAUCUAAUUUAUUAAGUGACGAAGAUACGAACCAAAAAUUCCAGCCACAGUUAGUCAAUGGAAUUGAUACGUUCGAAGAAUACGAUAAAUAAUCUCCAAAAUUAAAAAGAAUAUUUGAUUUCACUAAAUAAUAUAUUGUUAACAUAUUCUUGUGUAUCUACAUUUGUUUAAGAUAAAACACUAUUAUAUUUUAUUAUUUACACUA